AUGAAGGUAGGGGUAGUUGAGACCCAUCACUCCCAUGCAAUUAUUCCCAGCGUGGUGGUGCAAGACACCAGUGAGGAUCCUGGACGGAGGGACAAAGGGGAAAACAGGUUCCCUAGGCAAUGGUAUCUACCUGGUUCAUUUGCACGAUACAAUAUUAACAACAAUAGUAAUAAAGAUGAAGAGAAGAAAAAGAAAAAAGAAAAGAAGAGCAAGUCAGAAAAUAAAAAGGAUGGAGAAAGACAGAAGAACAAGGAAAAAAAGGAAAAACACAAAAAUAAAGAUAAGAAGAAGAAAGAAAAGGAUGAAGAGAAGAAGAAAGAUAUUUUCAUUAUUGAUCCAGCAGGAAAUAUGUAUUACAAUUGGUUGUUCUGCAUCACAAUGCCUGUCAUGUACAACUGGACGAUGAUUAUUGCUAGAGCCUGUUUUGAUGAGCUUCAGAAUGACUACUUAGCUGUAUGGUUUAUUGUUGAUUAUGUUUCUGAUGUGAUCUAUAUUGCUGACAUGUUUGUACGGACAAGAACGGGUUACCUGGAACAAGGUCUUCUAGUGAAAGAAGAACAAAAGCUUAAAGAGAAAUAUAAGAGCUCCCUACAAUUCAAAUUAGAUUUUCUGUCAAUCAUUCCAACCGACCUCUUAUACUUUAAGUUAGGACUGAAUUACCCAGAAUUGAGAAUAAACCGACUGCUCAGAGUAGCUCGGAUGUUUGAAUUCUUCCAGCGAACAGAAACAAGGACAAACUACCCAAAUAUCUUCAGGAUCUCUAACCUUGUCAUGUACAUUGUGAUUAUUAUUCAUUGGAAUGCCUGUGUGUAUUAUUCGAUCUCAAAAGCCAUUGGAUUUGGGGCUGACACAUGGGUCUACCCCAACACCUCCCAUCCUGAAUUUGCCCGUCUGACCAGAAAGUACGUCUAUAGCCUCUACUGGUCCACACUGACCCUGACUACUAUUGGUGAAACACCCCCUCCUGUACGGGAUUCUGAGUACUUCUUUGUUGUUGUUGACUUCUUGGUUGGAGUAUUGAUUUUUGCUACCAUCGUUGGUAAUGUCGGUUCUAUGAUCUCCAACAUGAAUGCAGCCAGGGCAGAGUUUCAAGCAAAGAUUGAUGCUAUCAAGCAGUAUAUGCACUUUCGGAAUGUAAGUAAAGACAUGGAAAAAAGAGUUAUAAAGUGGUUUGACUAUCUCUGGACAAACAAAAAGGCUGUGGAUGAAAGGGAAGUCUUGAAGUAUCUGCCAGACAAACUCAGAGCAGAGAUUGCAAUCAACGUUCACCUGGAAACAUUAAAAAAAGUUCGGAUUUUUGCAGACUGCGAAGCUGGUCUGUUGGUUGAACUUGUUUUGAAACUCCAGCCGCAAGUAUACAGUCCUGGAGACUAUAUUUGCAGAAAAGGAGAUAUUGGACGAGAAAUGUACAUUAUCAAAGAAGGCAAACUUGCUGUAGUCGCUGAUGAUGGAGUGACACAAUUUGUGGUCCUAAGUGAUGGCAGCUAUUUUGGAGAAAUCAGUAUUCUUAAUAUCAAAGGCAGCAAAGCCGGCAAUCGAAGAACAGCCAAUAUUAGAAGCAUUGGAUACUCAGAUUUGUUCUGCCUGUCUAAAGAUGAUCUCAUGGAGGCUUUAACAGAGUAUCCUGAUGCGAAGGCAAUGCUGGAAGAAAAAGGUAAACAAAUCCUCAUGAAAGAUGGAUUGCUGGACAUUGAAGUUGCAAAUUUAGGAAGUGAUCCUAAAGACCUGGAAGAGAAGGUUGCUUAUAUGGAAGGAUCAAUGGACAGAUUACAAACAAAGUUUGCCAGGUUGUUAGCUGAGUAUGAUGCUGCACAACAGAAACUGAAAAAAAGACUUACACAAAUCGAGAAAAUAUUGAAGCCAGUUAUAGAGCAAGAAUUCUUAGACUUUGAAGAAGCAGAUCCAUCCACAGAUAAACCUGGAGUGACAAAAACAGAAUAA